AUGGGAUCUGUAGCCGACUCGUCAGAGAAAUGGUGCUGGGUCACACUCGUCACCAAGCCGUCCUAUCUGCCCGGAGUCAUCAUCCUCGCACAUACACUCGACCAGCACAAGUCCAAAUACCCUCUCGUCGUGCAGUACACCGACUCGCUGGGUGAUGAGGCCAUAUCCGCUCUCCAGGAGGAGGCCCGGAACUAUGGACGCCUACAGCCCGAGAGAGUAUCUCUCCUCCUGCCCAGGAAAGAACAAGAAAACACGGGUAGCGUUGCCGAGCGCUUCAAGGACACGUUCACCAAACUCCGAGCCUUCGAGGUCUACAAGCUAGGGUACAGUCGAGCCGUCUUCCUAGACGCCGAUAUGGCCAUAUUCCACAAUCCCGACGAGAUCUUCGAGUGCAGUUUGCCAGGUCGAGACUGGCUGGGUGCCACUCACGCCUGCGUAUGCAAUCUGGACUAUGAUUCGUGGGCCCCAGCCGAGUGGAACAAGGGGAAUUGUGCCUUUACGCCGUUGAACCACCCAGACGAGGUAGCUGCAGAGAUUACGCCCGAGUCCCGGCCGACAUAUCGCCUGUUGAAUGGCGGCAUGUUUCUGUUCUAUCCGACCGAACAAAUGUGGAACAGAAUGCUGGAUUCCUUCAACACUACCGACCGCCUCAAGACAUAUCAGUUCCCCGACCAAGACUUCCUGGCAGACUUCUAUCGUGAUAAGUGGUACCCCUUGUCAUGGAAGUAUAACGCGCUUAAGACCAUGCGGUAUUGGCAUCCGCGGAUGUGGUCGGAUGACAAGGUCGUGGUCCUCCACUACAUCGUCGACAAGCCGUGGGAGCGGCAAGUCAACGAGGAUGGUGUUGCGGGCCACCUCGGGAGAGACGGGUCAACUCAUGAGUGGUGGUGGAGUAUCUAUCGGGGCUGGCGAGCCGAACGCGAGAAGACUCGACCUGAUAGUCUCGUGCUUGGCUCCAUGUCGGAACUGGUCGAUACAGAGCAACCGUUCACAGAGGUGAUUCCACUUCCGCAAGAGGUUGGAAAGCCCGAAGAUGUUUCCUAG